AUGCUCGGAGGAGGUACUUUUGGUUCAAAUCUAGGUCAACAAUCUACGGGUGGUUUAUUUGGUCAGUCUACAACUUUUGGAAGUGGCCUUGGACAACCUGCAGGAGCCUCUAUAGGUCAGAAUACAUCGGGUAUAACUCAACCGUCUUCAGCAGGGUUAUUUAACUCUUCAACCUCCGUUUUUGGAGGUGGAGCAUCUAAUACUAGUUUAUUUGGUAAUAAUAACCCUUCAAAUAUAGGUUUUGGUCAAGUUAACACAUCAUCAACAUUUGGACAACCUUCAACUGGUUUAUUUGGUCAGUCAGUUGGUUCUUUUGGUAACACAACUCCAGCUACAUCCCAACCAAGCAUAUUUGGGGCACCUUCAGCAGUUAAUACUGCAACGUCUGGUAUAUUUGGUUCUAGCACUCCUAGUACAAACUUAUUUGGAUCAUUUCAGAAUUCAUUUGGGACUUCUACUGGAUUUGGGAGUCAAAAUCAACAACAAUCCCAACAAUCAAGUACAACAGGAUUUUUUGGACAACCUAGUAAUACUAAUGCAAGUAUAUUCGGAUCCUCUACUACUCAAACUUUUGGUAAUUCAAAUACCUCACCUUUUGGAGGUUCUUUGACUCAAAAUUCAAGUGUAUUUGGUACUGAGAAGCGAGGAACGAAAGGUAUUACAUUUCAACCAGUUGUAGAUAGUGAUAGCCAAGCAAGGAUUAUGAGUAUUGUAUACCAAAAAGAUAUUGAUCAGAAGAAAUCUGUAGAGGAAAUAAGAUGGGAAGAUUAUCAGGAAAAACGAGGUCCUCCAGGUAGUAUAUCUAGCGUGGAGACUACUACAAGUACUCCUUUGACAUCAACUAGUCCUUUUAGUAUGAAUACAUUUGGUACAUCUAAUAGUGGUGGGUUUUUUGGUUCUACAACAGGUACUACUACUACAACAAAUAAUUCUAUAUUUGGACAACCUACAACUGGAUCUUUAGGAAGUACAGGAAUGGCUACUUCUGGAUCACUUUUUGGUUCAUCUGCACAAACUACAAACUCAACAGGAAUAUUUGGAGGGUCAUCACUAUUUGGAUCUGCUGGCCUUAAUACUCAGAAUACUACACAAGGUUUUGGUAUGUCAACAACUCCAGCUACAGCUAACUCAGGUUUAUUUUCAUCCUCUCUAGGAACAACUAAUUCUGGAGGAUUAUUAGGUACAAGUACCAGUAAUACAGGCUUGUUUGGUCAGCCAACAAUAUCUACUUCUAAUUCUGGUCUUUUUGCCCAGACAACAACAACAAGUAGUUUUGGUGACUUCAGUAACUCUUUAUCUAACAAGCUUACUGGAACAUCUAAUUCAUUUGGGCAAACAACUACAGGAAUUGGUUCUACUAGUUCCUUUGGGACGGGAAUAUUACAGAACCAGGGAAAUACAUUUGGAACAGCAAAUACAGGACUUGGAACCUCACUUUUUAGUCAGCCAAACAGUUCUGGAUUAUCUACAGGAAAUAAUCUACUUCAAACAUCUGGAAGUUCUAAUAAUAGUUCCUUAACAACGAAUUUAUUUGGCUCUACCCAACCAGUAGGAACUGGCUUAUUUGGAAAUACAAGUACUUCCAGUGGUUUUACAUUUGGAAAUAUUGGAACUAAUUCUCAACCUUUAGCAUCAAAUCUAGGUAUUUCUGGAUUAUCAAAUACAAAUUCUGGUCUAUCAGGGCAAACAACUCUUAACCCUUCACAGCCUUCUUUAGGAUCUAGCAUAGGCCAGACUAGUCUUUUUGGAUCUCAAAAUACUUUAUCUUCUACCCCAUCUUUAUUUAAUAAUACUAGUUUAACAAAUAUGACGAACUCAAAUUUAUUUGGUAUGACCAAUAAUACCUCAAGUCAAAAUCAGAAUUCUCUAGGACUUCCUACACUAAGAACUAUUUCAAAUUCACAAUUAACAACUAUGAAUUCUACAAUAAACUCAAUUAAUUCUACAUCAAGUAUUAGUUUAAAUAAACUCAAUUCACAAAAUAACUUUUCUCUUCAGAAUUCUUCUGAUAGAAACAAAUCAUUGUGGCUUUGGAAGCCAUUACCACAAUGUAUAACAAGGUCUGGAAAAUAUCGUUUUGAAUCCUCACCACAGACCCAUUCUAAUGAGGGGAGUAAUACAUAUCAGAACAGAAUAAAUUUAGAAUUAGCUUUGCCAGCAUUAGCUGCUGAAAGUGCUAAACAUACUAAUUCACUAUUGACAUCUGUUCGCAGAGUAGAGAGAGGUGCGGAUUCUCAAACUCCAGCCACAUUUUUGAACUUGUUAGAACGUCAACAGCAAUUCUAUGACGCUAUUCAAUCUCCAGAAGGUACAAAUUCUCCAAUUAGUAAUACACAAAAAUCAAUGGUAUUUAGUACAGUUCAUAGAACUUCCCAGCCACAUUUCUCUUCAAUAGAUGAAGCAUUCGAGGAUGCAGUUGAUGAUGCAAAUCUUGUGAAAUCACCUAGGCAAUUAAGAAAUAUUUCAGAUAGAGAGCCCACAUCAGUUUCUGGUCUACUUAAUUUGGAGUCUAUAUCUAGAAUGUCUAAAGAUAUACAAUUUUCUAAGGAUCAUACUAGGACAUCUAUAGGAAGAGCAAGUAUUGAAAGUAUAGGGUCAUCUCGUACUCCUCAUAUAGCAGCACCAAGGAUUUCAGGUACUAAUUCUAUGAGUUCUGAGAGACCAAUAAGAACAUCUAUUGGACUUACAACGCCUCGUCCAAUACUUAGGAAGGCUGAAGUAAGUAAAUAUGAUAUUACAGGGACUUCUAAUACUACUCUUAACCUUAUUGAACAAAAGGAAUCAUAUUCAAGAAGAGAACAAUUUAUUGCUUCACUUACUCCAAUAUUAACUAAACCUUCUUACUAUUGUAUUCCUUCAAUUGAAGCUUUAAGUACUUUUACCGAAGAUAGAUUAGCUGCUGUAGAAGAUUUCAGAGUAAUAAGGGAGGGAGUCGGAGAAAUAAUGUGGCCUGGAUUGACAGAUUUGCGUGGAUUAAAUCUUGACCACAUUAUAUCUAUUGAGCCUUUAUGUGUUUCAGUUUAUGGGGAAGAUGAUUCGACAAUUCCCGUAGGGGAGGGUUUAAAUAAAAAGGCAAUAAUACUCCUCAAAAAUUGUAAACCUAAGAAUAUAUCAACUAGUGGUAACAUUGAAGAGUUCAAUGCAAAAAGAAUAUCUCAAAUAAAAUCUUAUACUGAACAAAUGGGAGCUACAUUCAUAUCAUUGGAUACUGUAACUUGGGACUGGCGUUUUGAAGUUGUUCACUUUUCAAGAUAUAAAUUCCCAGAUAUAGAAUCUUUUGAGAAUCAGGAACCACAAAGGAAUCUAAACGAACUAAGUAAAGAUAUGAUAUUUCCAAAUAAUAUUACAAAAUCUCCAACAAGUUCAAAUAAUGAAGAAUUAGUUCAGAGUGUUAAAAUUAAUAAUAUAGAAAGUAAGAAGGCUACUCUUCAAUCCAAUAGGCAGAAGAUUUUACAAACAGGAAAUAAUCAACUAACUUCUCUAUAUUUCCAACUAACUAAAGAUUGCCAUAAAUUUGGAAGUCGUUGUUUAUUAUCAUUAAAUACAGUCAGUUCUAGAAGUUCCAUUAACAUUAGUUCAAAUGGUAUUAUUGUAAUUCCUCAUUGUACUAAUAAUCGUUCUAAGUACUCUAUCUGUUCUAGUCGUACUUUGGUAACAUUUUAUAAACUCUCUAUAAUUAAUAUGAAUCCUCAAAACCAAACAAUAAAUAUGGGGACAACUAAAUGUAAUCUAAAUGAAAUUCAAAAAUUAAAAAAAAAUUAUCUUAAUAAUAAAAAUAUACCAAAAAGAAUAAUUAGAGCAUGGUUAAAGGUCUACUUUAACUUGAUUGGAGAUCGAGAAACAACAAUUAGUAAUGGUACUGUUUCACUUCACACUUUAAUUAAGUUGACUUUUUUGUUAUGGAAUAUAAGUAAACAGGAAUUAAUGAUCUCAGAACAUCUUAGAGAUCAUGAAGAUAUUUAUUAUCUUGCUUCUUACACAGAAGAAACCUUAUGUCUUUUAUGUAGCUUGCUAUUUUUUCAUAUUAAAUCUGAAAUAUCAAGUAGCAAUUCUCAGACACCAAAUCAAACUUCUCAAAUGAUAUUUGAGUUUGUUAGCUGGUGGUUACAGAAGGUGAAUAGUAAAUUAAAUAAAGAUUUCAAUAAAGAUUAUAAACCUAAAACAAAUACUCUUUCUGACUAUGUCAAUAAUAUUAUGCUGAAUAUGAUGAAAUAUAUUAGUUCUGGACUUAUACCAGAAGGUAUCUUAGAAAGUAUAAAUGAUAUGGGAUCUUUAAUACUUCCUCGUCUUACUGCUUUAUGUGCUGCUAAUGGUUAUGGAGUAAAUAUAAAUAUUUCUCAAGCUGUAGCAGAUACUUUACUUUGGUGGAAAUAUACAGGUUUGGAGAUAAGUAUUAGUGAUACUACUCUUUUAUUAACCAAACUUUUAGCAGGAUACAUAGAUCCCUCAGUUGCUUCCAUAGCAUUUAAUUGGCGUAUAAUAUUUGGAAUGCUUUUGUGGCAUCCUCCCGUAUCAGAAAAUAAAAUUUUAGAAUCCAAUAAUGGUCUAGUUUAUAAUGCAAUGGAAGCUUAUGAAUUAAAUAUGGAUGGUAAAUUUUCAUUCCUUACUUCAAAAAAUUCUAAUAAACAAAAAAUCACAUAUGUAAGUCAUCAAAUAGCCAAACAAGAUCAAUCUCCUUACAGGUAUCAUUCUGAUCUUCAGUUUUGGUUAUUAAAGUUUUUUAGUUUUUUAGACUAUAAUCAGACACAACAAGAAGCAGAUCAGUGUAUACCAAAAUUAUCUAAUAUAUUUGAAUCAAAUUCAAACAUGUUAUCAAUGGAUUUUUCUUUAGUAUGGAUUGUAAGCAAUAUAUUGGAUAUGUAUCUUCAAAUUUCCCGUAGAAACCAAUAUAUAGAAGAUAUAUCUUCUAAUUAUAUGAACAAAUUACACCUCAAUUUUAUACAGCAAUUAGAAUUUAUAGGUCUUUGGGAGUGGUCUCUAUUUGUUGCACUCCAUUUACAAAAAACAACUGAUACUUCUAUAUAUUCACAUAUUUUCCACGACAUACUUCUUAGAAAUAUACCAAAUUCUUUCCCUAUUCACUCAGAAUUCUCAGAAGAAAAAUUUGAAAAUUUACAUUUAUGGAAAUUUCUUAUCAAAACUCUAGGAUUACCGAAAACUUGGCUUCUUGAAACUUUAUCAUGGAACUUUGCCUAUAAUGGGAAUUUUGAAGCUGCAGCUUCUUCUUUACUUUUACUAUAUAAAACUUAUUACAAAUCAGAUGAAUAUAAUUCUGAAGGAAAUAUUUUACUCUUUUCUCGCUUUAUAAAUAAUUCAGUAAAUUCUCAAUCCGAGAUUAUUAUAAAUGUAGUUGAAUAUUUAUUUGAUAUUCAUGUUCUACCUAAAUUAUUAAUGGAACUAUCUACAAUAUAUUCUACAGAACUUAAAGAACAAGGCAAUAAACAUUUACAAUAUGCUAAUCUAUCUAAUAAUCAAAAUAUUGUUAAAUUACUUUUACAAACUUAUUCAUAUUUUGAAGAUAUACAUAACCCUGAUUGUACUAUAUAUACUAGAUGGAAUAUAUGUAAAUUAUUAGUAGAAACUACAAUUUGUUUCCUUAAAAUAAUUGGUCUUUGUGAUCUCAAUACAUCUGAAAAUUGUGAAAUAAAUAAAUCUACCACAGCUCAAGUAAAAGAAAAUCUUACUCAAAUAUUACAUAAGCAGUUUGAAGUACCCCCAUUAUUAGAAUCUACACUACUGUAUGUAAUAAACCAUGAUUGUUGGAGACUUAUGAAUAGUUUAUUAGAUAAUUACUAA